UCAGUGUGUGUGUGUGCGUGCGCGCUCCCGCAGAGAGACAGACAGACGCGCAGUGCGCACAACGGGUCGAGCGUGGAUUCGUGGAUUUGACGGGAUUCUUUCCGAUUGUCGCACUGAAGAUCUUCAUCUGGAUGUUACAGCCGCAGUUAUGCGCUUCACAAGCUGAUCUGGGAUCAUUUUCCAGCGACUUCAAGGACGUUUUCCUCAUGGACUGAUGGAUUUGAUAUUAUGGGAGUCUGUCUGUGGGGUGUCAGAUGAACGUUGUGCCGUCGUGUGGAGGUUCUGAUCGUGUCUCAUGGAUCAUCACGGUCAGAGUGGAGGGGGGGUCAGACAUGUGGACCUCUCGUCUGGGGCCGUUCUGUCCCUGGAUCAGAUCAGAGCCAUCCGCUCUUGUAACGAGUACACCGAGGGUCCGAGCAUGCCCCCGCGGAGCUCCGACAAACGGGAGAGGACUCAUGAGGUGAUUGUGGUGAACCUCAAUAAUAAUAACCCACGGCCGCCCGCUCUGAGCAGAUCCGUCAGCACGGGCAGCGCCGCCAGUUCCGGGAGCAACAGCAGCGUUUGCUCGGAGCGAGGCCUCCUCGUGCGCACGCCGCCCCGUCACCACCGACCGGAGCGAGCCGUGCGGACUCAACCCAAAUCCCUGAAGUCCUCCCCGCACCCCUUUCUGCCUCCGGACCCUCUGCUGAAACAGACGCAGGGGGAGAAGGUCGACUCCGCCCACCUGUACAUCUGCGAGAAUUGUGGGAAAUGUAAAUGCGUGGAAUGUACGGUGCCCCGGCCGCUCCCCUCGCGGCUCGCCUGUGACGGACAGUUUCUGUGUUCGGCCGACAACCUGGUGGAACACGGGACGUGCAUGUGUGUGGUGAAGGGUAUGUUCUACCACUGCUCUAAUGAGGAUGAUGCUGGCGACCCGUGUGUGGACCGGCCCUGUUCCCUCUCUCACCCGCAGUGCUGCACGCGCUUCAUGUGCAUGGGCCUGACGUCCGUGUUCUUCCCGUGUCUGCUCUGUUAUCUGCCCGCUAAAGGCUGCGUGAAGGCCUGUCACUCGUGUCACGACCGCUUGAACAGACCCGGCUGCCGCUGUAAGAACUCCAACACGGUUUACUGCAAACUGCAGAGCUGGAACGACACGCCCAGACACGUGCCUGGAAAACCGGCCUGAGAUGUCUCGCAGAUGAACUCCAGUCCUCGAAAAGAGAUGAUAUUUUGUUUGCUCGCUCGCUGCUGCAGGCCUGACGGAGGAGGAGGGGUUAUGUUCUCUAAGCUCCGCCCCCUCAUCUCUCUGUGCAGUUGAGUCUCUGUGUUCUCGUUCGUCAUCGAACACACAUCUGAGCUUUAGUGACUGCUGCUUUAGAAACAACCAAACCUAUGAAGGACUUUUUUAGGCAGACCAUAAUAUGUAGCUGUUAGCGGAUCUCCGUAGCGACGUGUUAUUAUUAAAGGAGAGGUGUGGCUGUUUCUGCUUGACAAAAGGAAACCUGAGGGCAUCUCAUACAGCUCCGUCUGCUCUGUUUCUUUCCAUUCAAAAGAGAAAUUACGGCAAUUUUGGAAAGCAAAUGUGUCUUUUGUGGUUGUUGUUGUAAAAAUAUUUAUUAUGUGAAGUUCUAUUAUUUUAUGAUAUUUAUUGCUAAAAGACAGAUAACUCAUGUCUGAAUAUAACAAAUAUCAACACUUACUGCAGAAAAGAUGGAAACAUGUUUAACUUUCAUGCAAAAAUAUACAAAGUAAUGCAAAA